AUGAUCAAUCAAUGUGGCUAUCGUAAUAAGAUGGAUAUCGACAAUCUAAUGAACUACCCAGGUGAAAAUGAAGCAUAUUCGGAGGUUCAAAGUUUAGAAGAUAUUGUGGGUACUAUCAUUGAGAACAAUGCAGAGGAUGACGACAAAGAUGAUACGGUGUCUUUGGAGCCUGUUACGCGAAAGGAAGCACUUAUGGCGUCGAACACUCUUCACAACUUUGUGAUACAAUACAAAAAUACAACACCUGAGCUAUUGGAUGCAAUAAGAAAAGUUAAAGAUGAGCUCCAAAUAGACUUGAACUUUAAAGGAAAACAAAUAACUAUUGAAUCAUAUUUCAAUAGAGUGUAA